ACCGACUGAUUCUAAACAUCCAAGUCCCUUCAGCAGCCUUCGUCACCGACUGGAGGUGACCGAACCGACCGGACGGGUCCUCCGGUCCGGAGCGCCAUGGAGGGGGACCGAGAUCUGGACGAGGAACAUCGAGACCUGGGACAGGAAGCGGCAUGGUCCUUGUCUUCGGCGAAGCAGGGCAACGGUGUUGAACAGCUCAGGGAUGGCAGCACUGAGAGCUUUUGGCAAUCAGAUGGCCCUCAGCCCCACCUGAUCAACAUCCAGUUUCAACGGAAGGUGAAGGUCAGUGAAAUUUGCCUUUUCGUUUGCUUCAAGAUCGACGAGUCCUACACGCCCUCGCGCAUCUCCAUUCGCAUCGGGACGGCUCACCAUGACCUACAAGAGGUGCAGUUGUUGGAGCUGAAAGAGCCUGAUGGUUGGAUCAACGUGCCCUUGGCAAAGCCUCGAAUUCGCGAGGUCGAGUUGCCUUCCAGCUGCACCCUGCGAGACCCGGAGAUGGGUGGUGCCGUCGACUUCGUCCGAACGCACUUGAUCCAGCUGGCCAUUCUGACCAAUCAUCAGAAUGGAAGAGAUACCCACAUCCGCCAGAUCAAGGUCCACGGCCCGCGGCGCUUGCGAGGAAACGAUGGCCCCGAGGGUGGCUUGAAGCUGCAGACCCGGGACCUCCUGCAGUUUGCUUCGGUCCGGUGAAAAGGAGGGACGCACCAGUGCAUCCACUCAGACGGUUUCAGAGAUGUGCCGCUGCUGGUUUUGAAAUGUUUUGAGAUGCUUUGAC